AUGAAUAACCAAAGAGUAACUUAUGCAGAAUUGAAUGUGUCUAAAUACUCAAAGAGGCAGCAAAUAAAACCUAAGGGCACUAAAACUUCCAUUUUGAUAACUGAGCAGGAAAUAACCUAUGCAGAACUAAACCCUCAAAAUGCUUCUCAGGAUCUUCAAGGGAAUGAUAAGAACUAACACUGCAAAGAUUUACCAUCAUCUCUGAAGAAGCUCAAGGCUGGGAUCCUAGGAAUCAUCCGCCUUAUCUUGAUAGCCACUGUGGGUAACUGUGUAAUACCAGAGCAGAAUAAUUCUUCCCUGGUAACAAGGAUCUAUAAAGUGUAUCAUUGUAGUUAUUGUCCAAAAGAGUGGUUAACGUGUCCCAACAAUUUUUAUUACUUUAAUUUUGAAGAAAAAACACAACACACAUGGAAUGAGAGUUUGAAGACCUGUGCUUCUAAGAGCUCUAACCUGCUCUACAUCGAUGAUGAAGAGAUAAUAAUUUUAUAA